GAUCAAAGCCGUGCGGAGUGUCGGAGAGGGUGGUUGCAUUACGCUCAGUACCUUUUUCGUCGCGCGAUUCGCGGAGACGCGAGUUAUAUACGUGUAUGUGCGCGCGCGCGCGGUCCGCGACGGCCGGUCGAUGUGAGGGAGCAAAACGCGACAACGAGAACAGCGACAGCACAACGAGAAAUGAUGGCGCGCCGCCGUGUGAUUUGACAAGUGGGGAAGGAAGCGCUCGAUGGGAAAAGUGUCUCGUUAAAUACUACCGUGGUGGUUCUCAUACAAGCGGACUUGAGGGUAUCCGCUGUGCGCAACCCUGCGUGUAAUUCUGAUAUCGGGAUACCGCACCGUGGACCGACGUGAAAAAUUAACGAGAGAAAGCGGAAGUAUCAACGGGGUGGGAGAAACAAGAACGGCGACGACGGCGGUGGUGACGGGGGCGGCGGCAGCGGCGGCUGCGACGAGGGUGUGACACGAGAGGGUGAAUCGACAGAACGGCCAAAGGAUGACGGGCGAGGACGGAAAGCGCGGUAGCGGCGCCGGCGAUGUUACAACUGGAGCAAACAUGAACGCAAACGUCACCGACAACGCUAAUAAUGUUAACGCCAAUGUUAACGCCAACAUAAACGUCAGCCAGCAGAACGGCGGACCGGAGAAGGCACCCGUCGUCGGCGGUACUAAUGUGGAAACAUUACCACGCGCCGGAAAACAGAGCGAUCCCAGUACUGCAUUUUUGCGGGCAGCUCGAGCUGGGCAACUCGAAAAGGUCUUGGAAUAUUUGGAAUCUGGAGUAGAUAUCAAUGCUUCUAACGCUAAUGGCUUAAACGCUUUGCAUCUGGCAGCUAAAGACGGCCACUUGGAAAUCGUGAGAGAACUCUUAAAUCGCGGCGCAGUUGUGGACGCCGCUACCAAAAAGGGAAACACGGCAUUGCACAUAGCUUCUCUCGCUGGACAAGAAGAGGUUGUACAAUUGUUGGUGCAACGAAAUGCUUCGGUUAAUGCACAAUCGCAAAAUGGGUUCACGCCGCUGUACAUGGCUGCCCAGGAAAACCACGACUCCGUGGUCAAGUACCUUCUCAGCAAGGGUGCGAAUCAAACAUUAGCCACCGAGGACGGUUUUACACCAUUAGCGGUAGCUAUGCAACAGGGUCACGACAAGGUAGUGGCUGUUCUAUUAGAAAACGACACUCGUGGUAAAGUUCGACUGCCUGCUCUACACAUCGCCGCUAAGAAAGACGACUGCAAGGCGGCUGCUCUACUUUUGCAAAACGACCAUAAUCCCGAUGUAACAUCGAAAAGCGGUUUCACUCCGCUUCACAUAGCCGCACAUUAUGGCAACGACCGAAUCGCUUCCUUGCUAUACGAUAGAGGUGCGGAUGUUAAUUUCGCAGCAAAGCAUAAUAUCACACCAAUGCAUGUGGCAGCGAAAUGGGGCAAGAUUAAGAUGGUUAAUCUCCUCAUGAGCAAGGGAGCAAACAUCGAAGCAAAAACGAGAGAUGGUUUAACUCCUCUGCACUGUGCGGCCAGAUCUGGCCAUCAUGAGGUAGUCGACAUUCUCAUCGAGAAAGGGGCCCCCAUAGGUUCAAAAACGAAGAACGGUCUUGCCCCGUUACACAUGGCUUCUCAAGGAGAUCACGUCGAUGCCGCGAGAAUUUUAUUGUAUCACCGUGCACCCGUGGACGAAGUGACGGUGGACUAUUUGACCGCUCUGCAUGUAGCUGCACACUGCGGUCACGUACGCGUAGCUAAACUACUUCUCGAUAGAAAUGCCGAUCCCAAUGCGCGAGCGCUCAACGGAUUUACUCCUCUUCAUAUCGCGUGUAAGAAAAAUCGUAUAAAAGUGGUCGAACUCCUCCUGAAGCACAAAGCAAGCAUCGAAGCUACGACUGAGUCUGGAUUAACCCCAUUACACGUAGCGAGUUUUAUGGGGUGUAUGAAUAUUGUGAUUUAUUUAUUACAACAUGAAGCUAGCCCCGAUAUACCGACAGUAAGAGGUGAAACGCCAUUACAUUUAGCUGCCAGGGCGAACCAAACUGAUAUUAUUAGGAUACUUCUUAGGAAUGGCGCCCAAGUCGACGCCAGAGCAAGAGAGGAACAGACACCUCUUCACGUCGCUUCUCGUUUGGGUAACGUCGAUAUUGUGAUGUUACUACUGCAGCAUGGCGCGGGCGUAGAUGCAACAACGAAGGAUUUAUAUACUCCGCUUCAUAUCGCUGCUAAAGAAGGCCAAGAGGAGGUUGCAUCCGUUUUAUUAGAAAAUAGUGCAUCGCUUACUGCAACGACCAAGAAAGGAUUUACUCCUUUGCAUUUAGCGGCCAAAUACGGCAAUAUGAAUGUAGCUCGACUGUUAUUACAAAAGAACGCACCUGUUGACGCUCAGGGAAAAAAUGGAGUAACGCCUCUUCAUGUAGCAUCUCAUUACGAUCAUCAGAACGUAGCUUUACUUUUACUCGAUAAAGGAGCUUCUCCCCAUGCUAUGGCUAAAAAUGGCCAUACACCUUUGCAUAUCGCUGCACGCAAAAAUCAGAUGGACAUUGCAACCACAUUGCUAGAGUAUGGUGCAAAAGCUAAUGCAGAAUCAAAGGCUGGUUUUACGCCGUUACAUUUAAGUGCACAAGAAGGCCAUACUGAUAUGUCAACCCUUCUUAUCGAACAUAAAGCAGAUACGAAUCACAAAGCAAAGAAUGGCCUUACACCUCUACAUUUAUGCGCACAAGAAGAUAAAGUGAACGUCGCCUCUAUUCUCGUGAAGAAUGGCGCUCAGAUUGAUGCUAAAACUAAGGCUGGAUAUACGCCAUUGCAUGUGGCAUCUCAUUUUGGUCAAGCAGCCAUGGUACGAUUUCUCCUGAGAUCUGGUGCUGCUGUUGACAGCAGCACCAAUGCUGGCUAUACACCUCUUCACCAAGCAGCGCAACAAGGACAUACGCUUGUCAUUAAUUUGCUAUUGGAGAGUAAAGCUAAACCGAAUGCUGUAACUAACAAUGGACAGACUGCUCUGGAUAUUGCACAAAAGCUUGGUUAUAUUAGCGUCAUUGAAACAUUAAAAGUUGUGACAGAGACUAUCAUUACAACAACUCAUACUGUUACCAUUGAAGAAAAAUACAGAGUUCAAGCACCCGAAUCCAUGCAGGAGACAUUUAUGAGUGACAGCGAAGACGAAGGGGGUGGUGAUGAAAUCGGCACGGCAGCCAUGAAUGUGUACGGGCAGCCUCCGCACGCGCAACACGUGUACCUUCCCUCUUACUACCAGGGCCAAAUGACCUAUACCCGUGAAGAUCCAAUGCUGAGCGACCAACAGCAGUACCGCUACAUGACUGUUGACGACAUGAAAUCCAUGGGGGAUGACUCGAUGCGCGUGAACGUGACGGACGAUGAAAGAGAUAAUCGACAUUCCGGAGCGCCAACCAUAACAGAAAUGAUUACGAAAGAGAAUUAUCAACGUACGAACGCGGCCAAUCUUAAGCCAGACAAUGUAGAUAUCAACAGGCACCCUAUACAUGUCGGAAUUCCACAGUGGAGAAACUUUCUGGUUUCCUUUUUGGUGGACGCGAGAGGCGGUGCAAUGCGCGGAUGCAGGCACAGCGGCGUCCGCGUGAUUGUUCCGCCACGCAAAGCCGCGAUGCCUAUGCGUGUCACAUGCAGAUAUUUAAGGAGGGACAAACUGACCAAUCCACCACCCCUGAUGGAGGGAGAAGCGUUAGCCAGCCGCAUCCUCGAGUUGGGUCCUGUGGGUGCAAAAUUUUUAGGCCCUGUUAUCAUAGAGGUACCGCACUUCGCGUCGCUGCGCGGAAAAGAACGGGAGAUAGUAAUUCUACGAUCGGACAAUGGAGAGACCUGGCGCGAGCACACUUUGGAAGCCAGCGAGGAGGCUGUUCAAGAUGUGCUUAACGAGAGCUUUGAGGGAGAAGAGCUAAGCCAACUAGAAGAUCUCCAAACGUCUCGUAUCGUGAGGAUACUUACCGUAGACUUUCCGCAUUACUUCGCGGUAGUAUCUCGCAUCAGGCAAGAGGUCCAUGCGGUCGGUCCCGAGGGUGGUACUGUAUCAUCGUCUGCUGUACCACAAGUACAAGCUGUCUUCCCGCAAGCAGCCCUUACUAAGAAGAUCAGAGUCGGUUUACAGGCACAUCCUAUACCGGCAGAUCUCGUGGCUAAGUUACUCGGAAAUAGAGUAGCUGUGUCGCCGAUCGUUACCGUGGAACCGAGACGAAGAAAGUUCCACAAACCGAUAACUUUAACUAUCCCAGUGCCACAGGCAGCCAAUAAAGGCAUGAUCAACCAGUACUCUGGGGACGCGCCGACUUUGAGACUCCUGUGCAGCAUAACUGGGGGUCAGACUCGGGCAGUCUGGGAGGACGUCACAGGCUCGACGCCGUUAACCUUUGUGAAAGACUGCGUCUCCUUCACUACUACAGUUUCCGCUCGCUUUUGGUUGAUGGAUUGCCGUAACAUCUCCGAGGCUACGAAAAUGGCCACGGAACUUUACACGCACGCGACACAUGUACCCUUUAUGGCUAAGUUUGUAGUGUUUGCAAAACGGAUAGAUCCAUUGGAAGCGAGAUUACGUGUAUUCUGUAUGACGGAUGACAAAGAAGACAAAACUUUAGAGCAUCAGGAACAUUUUACGGAAGUCGCAAAAAGUAGGGACGUCGAGGUUUUGGAGGGAAAAACACAGUAUAUGGAAUUCUCGGGAAAUCUCGUGCCUGUACUGAAAACUGGCGAACAGCUUCAGCUACCAUUUAGAGCUUUCAAAGAAAAUAGAGUUCCAUUCACCGCAAGAAUAAAAGAUCCAGAUGCCGCGGAUAUGAUGGGGCGAAUUAUGUUUAUGAGUGAGCCCAAAGUUCCGAGGGGUGAAUUGCCGCAAACACCGAUCUGCACGCUAAAUAUUUUACUGCCAGAGAAGAUUUCUCCGGAUACUGCAGUCUCCGAGCUCGAUUUAUUGGAGUUAUCAAAGAACUAUAGUUUUUUGCGCGAUGGCGGAAUAAGUAGACCAGAUGCCAUACAUAGAGCGACUAUUCGUUUAACAGACAUCGCCAAUCUAUUAGAUAAAGAUUGGGAACCGCUAGCGGAAGAGUUAAACAUCCCGCCUAAUGAUGUAGCCUUAAUAAAGCAAGAGUACCCUGAUAAACCCGCACAACAGGCCGCUGCUAUGUUCAAAAUUUGGCAAAACAACGGAAACAAAGCUACAGGAAAUACAUUAGAAAAGGCUCUCAAUAAGAUUGGACGAGAGGACAUAGUGAACAAAUGUAUCUUUAAUGUUGAGCUAGUAACCGACGAUGUUGAAAAAGCUGUAGCGAGGGUAAGAUUGGAUCAGCCAGGAUUUGAUUCGCUAAAAGAGGAAUUGGGGCCGUCGAGAAACACGUCGCUUCGCCGUGAUGCAACUAUGGACCCCAAGAUGGAUCCUGAUUAUGAAGAGCCAGAUAGAAUGAAGGAAUCUGAAUCGGUCGAGGAUCUCAGUAUCACUGGAAGUAUGCAUGAUAAAUCUAAAGAGCACAUCACAAUCACAAACGGCACUGUAUUCAACGGAACCUCGACCCCCAUCAAAGACAAAUAUGCGAGCGAUGAGAAAGAGCUCGGCGACAUGAUGGCUGAUUACCUUGAGCAGAAAUGUCACACGGCCGACACGAUGAGCAAAAAAUCGCGCGACGAACCGGACGAUCUGGAUAAAAAACGCCAGAAGGUGAUCGCCGACGCCAACAAGAUAGUCUCUGGUGUAAUAGCAGACGCAGAGAAAGAGAAGGGGAAGUUAGCGAAGGAAGGGUGGUCGGUGGUUUAUGAUGAUGAUGCGCGGGACAGUAAAGAGGCACGGGGUGCGAUAGGGCAGACUUUAAUUGACAUACAGUUAGAUAAAACGGCCGCUGAGCCGAAAGGUAUAGUUUCCAAAUCAGUCGCCGAACAAGUUCCUAGUAUCGAGCCACCGAUGGUUAGGCAAUAUCACAGUGAAAAACCGGAUCCUAGGGUUAGUAUUUUAAAAACAGCAAUUUCCGUUAGUGACGAUCCGAAAGUAAGUCCAACAGUAGUUACUAAGACUACGAUAAUAAAACAGUUUGAUCAGACGCCAACUAAGACUAUAACCACUAAAGAAACAGUAAUUGUUUUAUCGGAUAAGAAAGAUGUUGUUAGCGAAAAGGAGAAACUAUCUAAAGAGGGUAAGGAAAUUGAUGAAAAAUUGAUUCAAGGCGCAAUUCCUAUGGGCAUUACGCAAAAAACUGUACAGGUAGAAAGUGUAACUCGAACUGAUCAGAAAAUGUCGGAAGUAAAAGCGGAUAUGGGUAAGGAAAAAGAUAAAGAUAAAGCAAAAGAUAAAGAUAAAGAAAAGGAUAAAGAUACUAUUGCGAAAUCAACGAAACCAUCAGCUUAUGAAGAUAUUUAUAAUGUACAGCAUCUGGCAGACGGUACGGAUGAAAAACCAGACGAAGAAACGAAGAAAACGAAGGAUAAAAGCAGCGGAAUUUUUUCGAAUAUUUUUAAAGGUUCUAAAUUAAAGAAGAGUAAGAAAGGUUCGAAGGACGUGUCCUUUGAUAGUGGCGAUGAGGAACUGCCGAAGGCUAUCGUAACGAAAGUUUCGGAACAGCAGCCAGUACAUUCUUCUAGCGAAAUAAUAGAUUCGUCUUUUGACAAUAGACUUCCAGAAAUCAUUGUCGCGCCUGAUGUAAAAUUGGCUACCCUUGAAUUCUUAAAUGACUCCAGACGUAUUGCCGCGGACGUGCCUUAUGAAAGUCUCCUUAAACCAACAGAAAAAGAAGAUAAAAAAGUAGAGCCCACUGAAAGCGACGAUGAUAGUAAAGAUAAAACGGGCUUCUUCUCGAAUUUGUUUAAAAACAAAUCUAAAAAGGAUGACGAUGGAACGGUUAUACCAGUUAUCCAUGUUGAAAAACCGAAAGAAAGUGCAGAGCAAAUUGCGAAGAAAGAGAAAAAGAGACUGGCAGCACUUGCAAAGGAAAAAGAGGAGCUGCUGGAAUUACAAAUGAAGGAAAAGGCGGAGGAAGCCGAAGUACCCAAUAGUACAAUCGAAAAAGAAGUAGAAAAAGCUGCAACGAAAGACGUGAAAGCCAAGGAUAUCGAGAGCAAGGAAGUCGAAAAGACAAUUACUACAACAGAUAAACAAUUGCACAGUAAAGAUGAUAAAAAGGAAGAAGAACAGGCGAAGGAGAAGGGCAGUUUCUUUGGCAUUUUUAAAAGUCCAAAGUCUAAGGAAAAGAAACUUGGCAAAUUGAAAGAAACGUCCUUCGACAGUGGCGACGAGGAGAUCCGAAUCGUAACAGAGAAACUCUUAGACGACACGCGAAAGAUUGCUGAUUUCAAUGAAUCACCAGUUGCAUAUAAAAACGAUGAUACGAAAGUCAUUCCUAAAGAAGAGAUACAUACUUUUGUGUCGAUUACUCAUUACGACGUUGAUAUUACGAAACAGAUGGCAGAAAAUCUACAGCAUCCAACUGGAGAAAUAUCAGAAACAGUUACAAAAACUCCAUCCAUCGAUCAUGUGGAGAUUAAAAAAUCUAUCAUCCACGAGGAUGAAGUCGUUGAAAAAGAUAAGGGAAGCAGUAUUUUCAGUAUAUUUAGAAGUCCCAAACAAGCAAGAAGUUCUAGGAGUAGAUCAAAAGAAAAGACUCCGUCGCUCGAAUUGCCGGAUAGUGGCCAUGAGGAUCUACGAAACGUAACAGCGAAAUUCUUGGAGGAUUCUCGAAAUGUGGCAAUUAUCACAGGCGAAUUGACAGAAACAGAACAUUUGGAACAUAAAAUCACAACUGAAACGAAAGAUAUAGACGAUAAAUUGAUAGCAGAUGAGAAAAAAAUUGAACAUGACAUUGCGAGUGCGGCAGAAGAUGUUGAUAAAAUUGCCAAGGAUGACCAAGAUACGAUUGGCAAAAAAGUAGAGGAAAAAAUACAUGAUAUCGUCGAUAGCGCUGAAACUACGAAAGAUAAAACAAUUAAGGAAGCUAAGAAAGCAAAAGAGAAAGGAUCAGGAUUCCUCUCAGGAAUAUUCAAAGGCGCGAAACAUGCCGUGGAAGAAGUAUCCGAUGAUAUCAAGGAAUUCUUAGACGAUACGAAGAAAGAAGCUGUCUUAGAGGAACCGCGAGGCAGAGAAGCGACAACCACUGGUUUAAAGGAUUUGGAACAACAGAAGGACAGUGUGGCAGCUAGCGCAAAAGAUGCUACUAAUAAAGCUGCGACUGACGUGAAGGAUGCCAGAGAUAAAAUAAUAUCUGCUGUGAAGGGAAAGAAGGAAGAAGUUGCAGAGAAAAUUUCAAAAGAUGUGGAAAAGGCAGCAGAUAACGCGAAAGCUACUACCGACAAGGUAACAGAUACAAAGAAGAUCGGAGAAAAAAUGGAGAUCACUGCAAAAGAUGUCGCGCACGCUGGCGAAAAAAUUAAAGAAGAGGUUACAACGGAAAUAAAGGAAGAUGCUAAAGCUAUGAAAGAAAAGCUAUCUUCCAAUGCUGAUUUGGCUACUGAUGCCGCAAUAUCUACCAAGGACAAAGCAGCCAAGGAGGCGAAGAAAAUUAAAGAGAAAGGAAGCGGUUUCUUUUCUGGAAUAUUUAAAGGUGCAAAACACACCGUAGAUGAUGCGGCUAACGAUGUUAAAGAAUUUUUAGAUGAGACAAAGAAAGAAGCUAUAUUACAAGAAGAAAAUUCCAAAGAAACAGUAGCAACGGGUCUCAAAGAUGUAAAAGAUCAAAAGGAUACCGUCGUGACUGAAAUUCAAGAAAAUACAGACAAAGCUGUCACUGAUGCGAAAGAUGCAAAGGACAAAACAAUCUCUAUAGUAAAAGAGAAAAAAGAUAAAAUUGUAGAAAAAAUUUCUGAAGAUACACAACAAAUUGCUACCACUACGAAAACAGCCGGUGAAAAAAUUGUAAAGGAAACGAAAAAAAUCGCUGAAAAAAUAGGAGCAACUGCGGCAGAUAUGGCGCAAGAUGUUAAGGAUACUAAGAAUGCAGCGGUAAAGGAAGUAAAAGAAGAUACAACAUUAGUGAAAGAAAAAUUAUCAGCAAGUGCUGAUGUUGUUGCAGAGACUGCAGAUAGAGCUAAGGAUAAAACGACGAAAGAAGCGAAGAAAGCCAAAGACAAAACUAGUGGCUUCUUCUCCGGUAUAUUUAAAGGCGUCAAACAUUCUGUAGAAGAUGCAACUGACGAUGUCAAAGAAUUUCUGGAUGAGACGAAAAAGGAAGCGACAUUAGAAGAAGAGCGUAAAACGAGAAGAGAAGCUUCAUUGGAAAAAGAAUAUGCUAAGGAAGAAAUUGCGGCCGAUCUUAAAGAUUUGAAAGAUAAAAAGAAUGCUGUAGUUACCAAAAUACAAGAGACUGCAGAGAAAACUGCUGCUGAUGCGAAAGAUGUAAAGGAUAAAACAAUUUCCGAUGUUAAAGAUAAAAAAGAUAAAAUUGUACAAGAAGUUUCCAAAGAAGCUCAUAAAGUUGCCGAUACAACGAAAUCAGCUGGUGAAAAAAUAAUAGCGGAAACGAACAAGAUAGGUGACAAAAUAAAAGUAACUGCGGCAGAUAUUACGCAGAAUAUUAAGGAUACUAAGGAUGCAACAGUAAAAGAAGUGAAACAAGAUACAACAUUAGUGAAAGAAAAAUUAUCAACAGGCACUGAUGCCGUUGUGGAAAUUGGAGACAGAGUUAAGGAUAAAACGACGAAAGAAGCGAAGAAAGCCAAAGACAAAACUAGUGGCUUUUUCUCCGGUAUAUUUAAAGGCGCCAAACAUGCUGUAGAAGAUGCUACUGACGACGUCAAAGAAUUUCUGGAUGAAACGAAAAAGGAAGCUGCAUUGGAAGAAGAGCGUGCUAAAGAAAAAAUUGCGGUAUCUUUAAAAGAUUUGAAAGAUAAAAAGGAUGCUGUUGUUUCUGAAGUUCAAGAGACUGCAGAAAAAGUUGCUGCCGAUACGAAAGACGCAAAGGAUAAAGCAAUUUCCACUGUUAAAGAUAAAAAAGAUAAAAUUGUAGAAGAAGUCUCCAAAGAUACUCAGAAAGUUGCCGAUACUACGAAAGCAGCUGGUGAGAAAAUAACAUCGGAAACGAAAAAGAUAAGUGAGAAAGUAGAAGCAACUGUGGUAGAUGUUGUUCAAGAUGUUAAAGACACUAAAGAUACAGCAAUUAAAGAAGUGGCAGAAGAUAUAAAAUUAGUUAAAGACAAAGUAACAGCGGAUGUUGAUACUGUCGCAAAAAGUAUAGAGGAUGCCAAGGAUAAAGCGGCGAAAGAAACAAAGAAAGAGAAAGAAAAAGCAAGUGGAUUUUUCUCAGGCAUAUUUAAAGGUGCAAAACAUACUGCAGAACACGCAACUGAGGAUGUUAAAGAGUUCUUAGACGAAACGAAAAGAGAAGCUUCAUUGGAAAAAGAAUAUGCUAAGGAAGAAGUUGCCGCGGAUCUUAAAGAUUUGAAAGAUAAAAAGGAUGCUGUAGUUACCAAAAUACAAGAGACUGCAGAAAAAACCGCUGCUGAUGCGAAAGAUGUAAAGGAUAAAGCAAUUUCCGAUGCUAAAGAUAAAAAGGAUAAAAUUAUAGAAGAAAUUUCCAAAGAAACUCAUAAAGUUGCCGAUACAACGGAAGCAACUGGUGAAAAAAUAACAGCGAAAACGAAGAAGAUAAGUGAGAAAAUGAAAGUAACUGUGGCAGAUAUUACGCAGGAUGUUAAGGAUACUAAAGAUACAGCAGUAAAAGACGUGAAACAAGAUAUAACAUUAGUGAAAGAAAAAUUAUCAACAGGCACUGAUGCCGUUGUGGAAACUUCAGACAGAGUUAAGGAUAAAACGACGAAAGAAGCGAAGAAAACCAAAGACAAAACUAGUGGCUUUUUCUCCGGUAUAUUUAAAGGCGUCAAACAUUCUGUAGAAGAUGCAACUGACGAUGUCAAAGAAUUUUUGGAUGAGACGAAAAAGGAAGCUACAUUGGAAGAAAAACGCGCAAAAGAAAAAGUUGCCGCGGAUCAUAAAGAUUUGAAAGAUAAAAAGGAUGCUAUGGUUACAGAAAUUCAAGAGACUACAGAGAAAAUUGCUGCUGAUACGAAAGAUGUAAAGGAUAAAGCAAUUUCUGAUGUUAAAGAUAAAAAAGAUAAAAUUGUACAAGAAGUUUCCAAAGAAGCUCAGAAAGUUGCCGAUACAACGAAAUCAACUGGUGAAAAAAUAACAACGAAAACGAAGAAGAUAAGUGAGAAAAUAAAAAUAACUGCAGCAGAUAUUACGCAGGAUGUUGAGGAUACUAAAGCUGCAGCAGUAAAAGAAGUGAAACAAGAUACAACAUUAGUGAAAGAAAAAUUAUCAACAGGCACUGAUGCCGUUGUGGAAACUGCAGACAGAGUUAAAGAUAAAACGACGAAAGAAGCGAAAAAAGCCAAAGACAGAACUAGUGGCUUUUUCUCCGGUAUAUUUAAAGGCGCCAAACAUGCUGUAGAAGAUGCUACUGACGACGUCAAAGAAUUUCUGGAUGAAACGAAAAAGGAAGCUGCAUUGGAAGAAGAGCGUGCUAAAGAAAAAAUUGCGGUAUCUUUAAAAGAUUUGAAAGAUAAAAAGGAUGCUGUUGUUUCUGAAGUUCAAGAGACUGCAGAAAAAGUUGCUGCCGAUACGAAAGACGCAAAGGAUAAAGCAAUUUCCACUGUUAAAGAUAAAAAAGAUAAAAUUGUAGAAGAAGUCUCCAAAGAUACUCAGAAAGUUGCCGAUACUACGAAAGCAGCUGGUGAGAAAAUAACAUCGGAAACGAAAAAGAUAGGUGAGAAAGUAGAAGCAACUAUGGUAGAUGUUGUUCAGGAUAUUAAAGACACUAAAGAUACAGCGAUUAAAGAAGUGGCAGAAGAUAUAAAAUUAGUUAAAGACAAAGUAACAGCGGAUGCUGAUGCAGUCGCAAAAAGUGCAGAAGAUGCCAAGAAUAAAGCGGCAAAAGAAGCAAAGAAAGGGAAAGAAAAAGCAAGUGGAUUUUUCUCAGGCAUCUUUAAAGGUGCAAAACAUACUGCAGAACACGCAACUGAGGAUGUUAAAGAAUUCUUAGACGAAACGAGAAGAGAAGCUUCAUUGGAAAAAGAAUAUGCUAAGGAAGAAAUUGCGGCCGAUCUUAAAGAUUUGAAAGAUAAAAAGGAUGCUGUAGUUACCAAAAUACAAGAGACUGCAGAAAAAACCGCUGCUGAUGCGAAAGAUGUAAAGGAUAAAGCAAUUUCUGAUGUUAAAGAUAAAAAAGAUAAAAUUGUACAAGAAGUUCCCAAAGAAGCUCAGAAAGUUGCCAAUACAACGAAAUCAACUGGUGAAAAAAUAACAGCGGAAACGAAGAAGAUAAGUGAGAAAAUAAAAACAACUACAGCAGAUAUGGCGGUCGCAAAAAGUGCAGAAGAUGCCAAGGAUAAAGCGACGAAAGAAGCAAAGAAAGGGAAAGAAAAAGCAAGUGGAUUUUUCUCAGGCAUCUUUAAAGGUGCAAAACAUACUGCAGAACACGCAACUGAGGAUGUUAAAGAAUUCUUAGACGAAACGAGAAGAGAAGCUUCAUUGGAAAAAGAAUAUGCUAAGGAAGAAAUUGCGGCCGAUCUUAAAGAUUUGAAAGAUAAAAAGGAUGUUGUAGUUACCAAAAUACAAGAGACUCCAGAGAGAACUGCUGCUGAUGCGAAAAAUGUAAAGGAUAAGACAAUUUCCGAUGUUGAAGAUAAAAAAGAUAAAAUUGUAGGAGAAGUUUCCAAAGAAGCUCAGAAAGUUGCCGAUAUAACGAAAAUAGCUGGUAAAAAAAUAACAGCGGAUACGAAGAAGAUAAGUGAGAAAAUAAAAGUAACUGCUACAGAUAUUACGCAGGAUGUUAAAGAUACUAAAGAUGCAGCAGUAAAAGAAGUGAAAGAAGAUACAACAUUAGUGAAAGAAAAUUUAUCAGCAAGCGCUGAUGCUGUUGUAGAAAGUGCAGACAGAACUAAGGAUAAAACGACAAAAGAAGCGAAGAAAGUCAAAGAUAAAACUAGUGGCUUUUUCUCCGGUAUAUUUAAAGGCGUCAAACAUUCUGUAGAAGAUGCAACUGACGAUGUCAAAGAAUUUUUGGAUGAGACGAAAAAGGAAGCUACAUUGGAAGAAAAACGCGCAAAAGAAAUUGCUGCUGCAAAACUUAAAGAUAUAGAAGAUAAGAAAGACAUUACAAUUGCCGUUGUUAAAGAUACUAUAGAUAAAACAAUGUCGGAUAUUAAGGACACUGAUGAGAAGGCAAUGUCUGUAAUAAGAGAUGAAAAAGAUGAAAUAGCAAAAAAGAUAUCUGAGGGCACCCAGAAAGUAGUUAUUACAAAAGCAGAAGAUGACAAAUUAGCAGCGGAAGCAAAGAAGAUUCACGAAAAAGUUGAAUCUACAGCAGAGGAUUUAGUAUGUGGUAUUCAAAAUAUUACGGAAAAGGUUAGCGAUGAUAUAAAAGAAGACACAAAAGUUGCGAAGGAAAAAUUAGUUUCGGCAGCUGAAGCUGUUGCAGAGGAUGCACAAGCAGUCAAGGAUAAAGGAAUCAAGGAAACGAAAAAAGCUAAAGAAAAAAGUUCUGGAUUCUUUUCGAAUAUAUUUAAAGGCGCAAAACAUACCGCUGAAGAUAUAUCUGAUGACGCGAAAGAAAUUGUGGAAGACGUCAAGAAAGGAGCAAUUUCUGAAGGAGAACACUUUAAAGAUGUAACAGAGUCAGGCUUGAAAAAUUUGAAACAUGAAAAAGACAGUACGAUUAGUAGUAUAAAGGAUGCAAAAAAUGAAGCGGAAUUAGCUUUUAAAGAAUUAUCAGAUAAAAGGACAGAAAAAUUAUCCGAUGAUGUUUAUAAAGCUGUUGAUAAUCUUAAAGAUGCAGGCGACAAGUUAACAAAUGACUUAAAAGAAGUGAGCGAAAAGACAAAAAUUGUGGGACAAGAUCUUGAUGCGAAGGAUGUAAUUGCAAAGGAAAUUAAAAAACAUGCUCAAAUUACAAAAGAAAAAUUAAUUGUCGAAGCGGAAGCUGCUGCGGAUAAGACGGAAGCGGCAAAAGAUAAAGUUGUAAAAGAAACAAAUAAAGCGAAAGACAAGAGUACUGAUUUUCUUUCAGGUAUAUUUAAAGGUACAAAGCAGAGUGCAGAAAGCGCAACCGACGAUAUGAACAAAUUUCUGGAUGAAAUGAGAAAAGAUGUAUCGUUAGAACAAGAUCAAAUGGAAAAAACUGUACUUAAAGAUUUGGAAGAUUUAGAAUAUAAAAAGGAUACUGCUGCUAGUGACUUUAAGAAUAUAGCUGAUCAAGCUUUUGCUGAGAUAAAAAAUGCUAAGGACAAAACCACGGAGAAAGUAUCGGAAGAUAUUCACAAAACUGCUGAGGUAGGCGAAGCUGCCAAGGACAAAGUAAUAUCAGGAAUGAAAAGAGUUGGUGGAAGAUUAGAUUCGACAGCACGGGACAUUGCGCAAGAAGUUUCAGAUGUGAAAGAUGUAACUGUUACAGAAGUUAAGGAUGAUGCAAAAAUGAUUAAAGAAAAAUUAUCAGCUGAAGUUGAAACUGUAGCUGACGAUGUUAAAGCUGUUAAAGACAAGGCAACUAAAGAAGCGAAAAAAGCUAAGGAUAAGGGGUCUGGCUUUCUAUCUGGAAUAGUUAAAGGUGCGAAAUACGCUGUUGUAAAUGCGAGGGACGAUGUGAAAGAAUUUUUGGAUGAAACAAAGCACGAAGCGAAAUUGGAGGAAGCUCGUACUAAAGAAGCAGCAAUAACUGGUUUGAAGGAACUAGAAUAUAAAAAAGACACUAUAGUCGACAGCGCUAGGAGCGUUACGAAAGAUGUAACGACUGAUGUCAAAGAUAAACUUUCCGAGGACACAAUUCAAGUAGUAGAGACGACGAAGGCUGUUGUUGAUAAACUAGCAAUCGAAACGAAAAAAAUCGAUGAUGAAAUAGAAUCCAAGGCCACAGAUGUUUCACAUGAUAUAAAAGAUGUCAAGGAAAGUGUCAGUAAGAAAAUGAAAAAAGAUACAAAGGCCGUGAAAAAUAAGUUAUUAACAAGUGCUGAUGCUGUCGCGGAAAGUACCAAAACAACUAAAGAGAAACUAGAAAAAGAUACCAAAAAGACAAAAGACAAAGGUUCAGGUUUUCUUUCUGGAGUUAUCCAGGGUGCAAAACAUACAGGAAAGGAGAUUUCCGAUGAUGUAAAAGAUUUUUUGGAAUCAACCAAGCAGGAAGCAACCGCCGAUGAAACGCUUGCUAAAGAGGCAGCGACAGCGAGAUUGAAAAAGCUCGAACAAGACAAAGCUGCCGACGAGGUUAAGUUUGUCACAGAAAAAGCUGUGAAGGGCGCGAGAGAUGUCAAGGAGAAGGGCCUUUCCGGCAAAGGUGCGAAGGAAAAAACGAUUUCUACUGUAAGAAUGACAGGAGAUAAGAUAAGACAAGGUGUAUCGCAAGCCGGCGAGAAAAUUAAAUCUACUAGCCACGACGCGACGCAGAAAGCUAAACGUGCCAAAGGCGCAAUCGUGAAUGAAGCGAAAGAAGACACACAAACAGUCAAAGGAAAGCUAACAACCGGUGCGGACGUUAUCGCAGACUCCGCGAAAAUUGCCAAGGACAAGACCACGAAAGAACCUAAAAAAGCUAAGCAGAAGGCUGGCGGUUUUCUAUCGGACAUGGUAAAGAGUGCUAAACACGCAGUAGAAGACGUAACGGAUGACAUGAAGGAAUUCUUGGAAGAAACCAAACAGGAAGCAGCUGCUGAAGAAGCGCGUGCUAAGAGCGGCGCUCAAGCGAAAGAUAAUUCCGCCACAUUAUUAACUGAUGCAAAGGACAAAUCUGUCGGUGCCGUUAAAGAUUCAUCAAAGAAGAGGAUUGUUCAAAAAGGGUCUAAAUCGCCACGUGAUGCGAAAGGCACGUCGGCGGAUGUACUCUCGUCUAUUCCCAAAGAGAUGGGCAAAGUAACAAAACCGCUAGCAACUGAAACAAGAAAAGCCGGUGAUAAACUAGAAUCUAAGCCCAUAAACGAGCGUGUUCAGGAGGUAGUUGUACGAGAUAGUUUCGAGAUAAUUGGCAGACCGGAGAUGUCAGGCGAUGUUGAGCAUUUAAUUGAGACAGUUAGGGAUAAAAGAAUAUCUCGCAUUCCACAAAAGAUUAGCCCAAGCAAGGAAAUGACAGCUGACGACGUUGUCACGACGUCGGACGAUUCAGGUUUAUGUAGAAUAGUAGAGACAGUAACUACAAUAGGGCACCCCGAGCCUCGCACACGGCACUCCGUCACCACAGUCGUGACAAAGUCUGUGCGAACGACUCCACCACCACCCGAUUCACUCGCCGAGUUCACUGACAGUAGAACCGAAGAUGUAACCGAAGAGGCUGCGAGACAGGCCCAACAUUUGGCAGAACAGGCGUCGUACACCUCGACGAAAGCAGGGCAUGAUUCGGCUGAGAUUGAUGGGACUGUAGAGAGGCAUGCUACUUCUGCUCCAUCAAAGCAACCUGUUCCCGCCCCGCGUCACUCCACCACCAAGCCGUCUAUCAAACCCGAGUUCCAUCUGGAACUUAGUGACGCCUCACGAAUACGUAAAACGGUCGAGCAGCCGCUCGAACCGCAGGAAGCGCAAUCGUCGAGCAAGAACAGUAAUCUAAAGAGCAAGAUACCUCUUAAAAUCGAUUCUCGUACACCCCAAAUAAGCGAUAAUCUUGAAUCCGUUCCAUUAGAAUCCUCCAAAGAUCGUAUCACAGCUCCACAAGCGGUUUCGCGAACCGUUAAAUACGUUACCAGGGAAUACACGGACGGAGAACUGAUCAAGGAAACAGCGAAAGAAAACAGCGUAUCGCUCAAGGAUACAAUUCCGACGAUCAAACCGGACAACAUGAUCGAAACUAUGAUAAACAACAGAGUGGAAAUGACUCUUCCAAUAGAAGAAAUACGACGAACUACAACUACAAUUGUAACUAGCGAUCCAUCAAUUGAUCCUGAAAAACUGGAGGAGCUUCUGAAGACAGGUGGGGUUGUUGAAACGGUGAGAACCGUAACUUUGACCUCGGAAGAUGAUGUUUUGCAACCCAUGACACGCGAGGAGGUUGUCAAGAGGAUAAACCAAGUUGCUAACGCCCUACCGAGCGAGAUCUUCGACUUUGGCGAUAACAAGUUUCCAGAUUUCUCCACCAGUAUGAUAAAGACCGACAAAUCUGAAUCCGAUGAUGCGCAGACGAUUACGACCGUGCAACGGGUAACGAUGGAAGAGACGAUGCCGGAGACUGAGAGAAUCGAGAAGGUGGUGAGAACAGUGAUCUCUAGCAGUAGUGAUGGUGGCGAUGACUUCGGCGACGCGGAAGCUUAUGCCCUAAAGAAUCUUCGGGAGCGAUUAACGAAAUCUGAGAUUGGAGAAACAACUUCCUGGGUUUCGACGACGGGUGAGCAAUGGGAAACGAUGGCGCAAUAUUCUCAAGACACGUCGCCCGGCUCUGGCAACGGCGGCGCCAUUGAUGUGUUUGUUGCCAGCAACAACAACAACAAGAAUGGUGGUAGCUCGAGGCACGAUAUGCACAGCGACACCGAUAGUGAUGGUUCGCCACAACCUAGAAGACGAUCCCCGAGCAAGAGGCGUACGUUGGGCAGUUCCAGCGGGUCGGAUGUAGCACUGCACGAAGGUGCGGAGCUGUCCCCGUUGGAGGACGACCAAGAAUCUGACUUUUUGCAACAUAGCGAGCCAUCCUUUAUGGAGACGACAACGAUUGAGGUGGAUCCUGUCACACAGGAAAGCAUAACGACUACGCGAACGGAAUCGAGAACAAUAUCGUCCGUGGGAGCUGGUGGCACGGAUGACUUACGCGAAUCUAUGCAGAAGAUCAUGGACACAUUCAUGACAGAAGAAAGAAAGGACCAUUAAGAAUAGAACGCGCUGCUGCCCUUCGAACCUUCAUGAUGAAUAAAAGAGAGGAUUCGUCAGUGUUUUCGAAGUCGAUUCUCUCGUAAUUAAUUUUUGAUGAAGCAUCUCGACUCCAUCGACUUGACGUGUCCUCGGACGUCGAGCGAUGAAUUUUCGAUUAUGUAAGGCCAGAGGCACAUGAAGACGUGUCCAUCACGCGCUCCUUUGAGAUGUUGCCUCUUUCUGAAGCCACAUAAAAGCAUGCACGAUGAUUUAUUACCACGCUGCUCAUGGCCUAUGCUUCAGAUUUGCUUGCCUUUCCGUUCCGCUCGGUUGCCUUACUUGUUUGCGUUUGUAAUCUCGCGAUCGAUGAUGUGUCUAUGUAUGUUGUUGCUAGUCCGACUAGCCGAUCCGCGCUAGUCUUCACUAUGCCAACCCGUCCAUGUACAACGCCUUUCUCGUGUUGUUCAAAGCUAUAAUGCGAAAUGGAAGGGAGGGAAAGAUAGGCGAAAAAAAUGUGAAUGGUGGAAGUGCAGCAGCAGAGGAUAAGAUCGUCUCGAUCGUGCCGAGCGAUCGUGCCGAGCGAUCUAGAUUAGUAUCAUUCUCGCAAGAAUAGUCCAUUUAAACUGUAGGAUGGUUGUAUAUCUAUCGCGCAAUAUGUCGCUUAAUAGAUCGGCAAUAAAUGAAUGAAUAUAUAUAUAUAUAUAUACAUAUACAUAUAUAUAUUCUUCAUUAAUACUUUCGACAAUGGACAUAAUUAAUAAAUUCUGAAACGAAAAUAAGGAAAUUGGAAAUUUCUUGUUGUUACUCGACUCAAGUCGCGAAUUCAGGCAUAAUAAAAAAAAAUGAACUGGAAGAGAAGUGCUGACUAUUUCGCGCACCGACUGUGUUGAUUUGAUUAACAGUGAGAAAUAUAAAUGUUUUUAUGCAUCGGAUUAUAAUGUAUAAAUUUAACUUGUUUAAAGGAUAUUUCCUAACAAUUUUUAAUUGUAUAUAUGAUAAUUUCUUAGCGUAACUUAUAUAUAUAUAUAUAUAUAAAUAUAAAAAUGUACUAUGGAUACGAUUGUAAUAAUUAUAAGAUGCUAACAGGAAUAUUUUAUUUAUAUAGCGAGCCUCUGGACACAAAUAUUAUGUGUUAAUUUGUAAGCUUGGAAGGGUUACAUUAUCAGCAUUUUGUCAUGCCAUGUGAAACAGCAUAAAAUUAAAUAGCGAAAGUUAACAACAUGACGAUGUAUAGAGAUUACAUUGUUUGAGACCUUGCGGAUCUGGAUUCAUUUUUAAUAUUCUAAGCUGGUGUUAGCUUUUGGUGUAUGACACAGUUUUGAGAAGCACAGAAAAGAGAGGAGGAAAAGAAAAAAUCAUAAUAUAUAAAUAUAUUAAAACGAAAAUUAAAUAAGCUAUUCUAUUAAUGUAUGAUAUAUGAUAUAUUGAAAGAUAUAAUAUGAUUAUGCUAUCUGAAGUUUAUAAAUUAUUGUCUAUAAUGACUGUUAUACUACGUUUAAUAGAACUUGCCUAGAGCCCAUCUGACCUAAGGACCAAAGGCACAAUCACAUGCGCAUCAAAAUAAAAUAUGAUAUGCUCCUAUAUAUUGUCGUAACAUUUAGUAUAUAUAAUUCAUUACGAAUGCCAUGAGGAUGCUGGUACUUUAAUGUUAUUGAUGAUGUUUGUCUCAUGAUGGAAGAAAAACUUUUAUACAUGCAAUAUACAUUUUAUUAUAUAUUAUUGCAAAGUACAAGACUACUAUUACAACAACAAACAAAUGAUAUAUUCUAUGUGCAAUAGCAAUACAUUUUGAAUUAUCUAGUGCUGUCAAUCUAUAUAUAUAUUACAAAUGUAUUGCAUUUAAUAUCAAUGUCAUUGACCGUCAUCAAAACAUUAAUGUACCAAUGUUGAACUAAUGCUUUAUAUUUUGCACACACUUUUGUACAAGUUAAUUUUCAACUUAACACGUCAAGCAACCACGCAUACUUCCCCCUAUACUAAUUACGUGUCCCUCUUUAAUAUAUUAUAAUGGUAUUAUCAUUACAAUGGCAUUGCAUGGUGUCAAGAUAUCAAAGAAGAAAGAGACUAUAAUUUAUUAUAUAAUAUUGUGUGAUAGAACUAUCAGCGGCAUAAUAAAUAAAAUGUUGCAUCAGAA